CUUGUUUCUCAUCUGAUUUCCUUAAUUCCUACCCUGUUAUUUAUUUAUCAUAGCUUUUUUUGUGAAUGUCUAUCUCUCACUGACUGCAAAGGGUAACCAUUGAAUGUGCUCAAAGUGCAUCAAACAACAUCAACAACAACAGGAACAACCAAGAAAUUUUGUUGUCCCCGCCUUUCAUGAUGAUGAACCUUUUAACCUAAAAAAAAACUAUUUAAAUGAUCCAAUGGGAAAUCAGUUGCAAGGCGGAGAGUAACAAAUAAGGUGGAGUUAACAGAUUAUCUGUGUGUUUGAAUGGGAAUCAACAAUUCUGAGUUUUUGCUGGCUGAAAUGAACACACACAGAGUAAAAGAGAGAGAAAGAGAUUCAGAUUCAGAAUCACCAAAUCAUUGGUUGAAAAUCAUUGAAAUGGUUAAACAAGGUGAACAAGUUUACAGUUGAUGAUUGAUAUAAGUAAACCUCAAACAACACCAUAUCCAGUCUCUAACCAUUUGACACCCUUUAAUAGAUUGUUAAUUGUAAAAGUGUUUUAUAAUUGUCCAACCGUUUUUACAUGUUGUACCUGUGUCUGUGUGCUUAUGUGUUUAAUUAAUAUGGAAGCCAGCAAUUAUCAUUAAUUCAACUGCAACUCAAGCAUUUGGUUAGUAAAUCAUCAAAGCCAAAUACAAAGGAGUCUAAAGCUGGGAAGGGAAGGAAAAAAGUAAAUUAUUGGUUUUUAUUGUUCAAAACUUGCCUACAAUCACAAUUAGCUGAAGACAAGUUACUUUGUUAUUUAAUUGGAAAUCAAGGAGACAAAUUUAAUAACAUUAUCAUCCUUAUAAUCAUCAUUAUAAUCACCAUUACCAUUACCAUUAGCAUCAUCGUCAUCACCAUCAUCAAUACCUUUGAUAACAUUAAACGUUAAACCAGGAAGGAGAAGCUGUUAAUUGUUGUUACUCUUUAUUGUUUAUUGAUUGUUGAUAUCGGAAGGCCACAAAAAAUAGACGUCCAGAGCAUUUGGCAAGAAACCAUUGAAAUGUACAGCCAUUCAGCUCAAGUAUCAAGUCAAUCGCCAACGGUAAACUCAAUGCCUUUCCUUUUAUCACCAAAUAACUGUGGAUACAAUUUAACAAGUUAUUAUCAAGGGGCAAACCUAGCCCUUGGCCAUUUAUCACUGCCCAGUUCCCUUUGGGCUCCUCGUACAAGUACAGCAAAUAAUCGUAACACUAGUGGUAACAAUAAUAGUCAACUGCGAUUAGCAAGUUCACUUCGUGAUCAACCCUUGUUGAGUCGCACUUCAAUCGGAUCAACAGGCCCAACAGCUUUAUCCAUGUCAACCGAGUCAAGCAUGGCCACUGCACUGGCUGCAGCAACAGCAGCGGCCAAACUAGAGAUGACCAAGCAAACCUGGAAUCCAUUGCAAUUGAUACCUUUUCUUAGUGGUGCUGCUGCUGCUUCAGGUGUUCACCACCCAUCUCAUCAUCCAUCCCACCAUCAUCCCCACCACCCUCACCAUCAACAACCCCUUCACCAUCCUCACCAUCAUCAUCAACAUUUAAUUGAAAAUCUUACCAGUGAAUCAAUUUCAAUGGUAAUGCCAACAAGUGAAAAUGGAUUAACCCGAAAGAGUCCUUCAUCUACCGUCAACUCAUCACCAUCCAGUUCACCACUAGUCAAGGGAAACACCGUAAGAAACUCUGAAUCAUCAUCUUCCUCUUCUCACCGAAAUCAUUACAACAAUUUCCACCUAAUGUCACCUUCAUCUCCAUCGACAUCAUCAUCUUCAUCGUCAACCUCAUCCCUAGUAAACAGCAAACAAAAUUACCAAGAAUCUAAUAGCAAAAAAUUGACUCCAACAAUUUCAAUAACACCAACGACAACAGUCACAUCAACCUCAUCUCCAUCAACAACAUCAUUACAGGUAAACCGUAAUCAAACAAGUAAAUCAAACCAUUCUCAUCACAAUGGUUCACCUCUCUCUGCUUGGUCUGCCGCUGCAGCGGCGGCAGCAGCAGCUUAUGCCUCUUUACUGCCCUCGACUACCUCAAGUCAACCAAGUAAAACAGCAAUGUCAACAAACAAAGUUUCAUCUUCAUCUUCAUCAUCACCAAAUGUUGCAAGUUCAUCACAAAAUGUUUCAAGUCAAGAAUUAAAAUUAAACAAGGAAAAGGCAAUCCAAGAAAAUGGUUAUCACAAUGAUUCAAAUAGUAAUGAUAAUUUUUAUUCAAGCAAACAUUUUGUCCCACCUGAUGUAACCUAUUCAACUGAAAGUUUAUCCUCUGUUAAUGACCUUUCCGUUGACUCUUAUAAGUCUCACCUUUCAACUGGUUCAGGUGAUUCCAACAUGUCAACUUUGUUUCCAACUCAGGUUGACUCUGAAGAGGAUAAGCCGUAUUUCAAUGAAAAUAACCUCAACAAUAACCAUGUAAAUCGAGAUGACAAUUUCAAGCGAAAACGAAAGCGAAAACAAAAUUACUUUAAAAAUGGAUCAAAAAUGGGAAAAGUGAGCAACAGUGAUAACAAUGAAGAUAUAAAUGAGGAUAACAAUGAUGAGAAUAAUGAAGACAAUGAUAUUAGUAGGAAUGGUGAGGAAGAGGAUGAGAUUGACUUGGAAGAUGAGGAAGAAGAAGAUGAUGAGGAAGAUAAAGAUGAAGACGAUGAGGAUGAUGAAGAUGAGAAUGUGGACAUUAUUGGAGAGAGAAGGCGAAGACGGCGAAGAAGAAGAUGCCUGGAAAGGGAAGAGAAGGAUGAAAUUGAAUCAAUUAAUUUGGAUUCUCUGAAAAAUCGUAAAUCAUUGGAAAGUUUAAUGAAAGAGAAAAGUGUUGAUCAUUUUGGUUAUCAUCAUCACCACCAUCAUCGAGUGGACACUCAUUCAAGGCAUCACCAUUCAAGCACAUCAUUGACCGAUUAUUCAAUUGAUCAACUGUUGAAAAGUUCAAGUAAACAGUCGACUCGAGAUAAAAUGGGUUCACGGUUGAUUACAUUUGAUUCAGGUGAAGGUGAUCAAAGUGAUGGCCGUGAUGAAGCCACUUUACCGGGUCAAACAAGGCAGACAGGCUCAUCGUCAAUCUCACCAGCAACCGUCUCGGCAUCAGCAGCAGCAGCAGCCGUAACCUCAGUGGCCAUUGCAACUGCAGCCGCAGCACGACUCUUAACCAGCAACUCUGAUCAAGUUCGUAGUCAAGUCUCAUCUCAACUUUACCGACCCUUUCAAGAUAUACCUCGUUACAUAGGAUUCCCGUUCUGUGGUUUAACUGGUCAAGGUUUAACAUCAUUGAUGGGACAAAAAGUCAACAAUUUGGACAAUAGUUCGUUAGUUAGUCGACUUUUUGGCCCUCACCUGGGUCCAAACGGUCCUAAUGGUUUCUUUUCCCACCUUCACUCGUUUUCUCGCGGAUCACCCAUAGAAACAAACGGAACAGCCACCACUGAUGGGGUUGUCUUUUCAUGUGUUAAAUGUGAUAAAAUGUUUAGCACUCCACAUGGACUUGAGGUUCAUGUACGUCGAUCACAUUCAGGUAAACGUCCCUUUGCUUGCGAGCUGUGCAACAAAACUUUUGGCCAUGAGGUUAGCUUGUCCCAACAUCGAGCUGUUCAUACGGCAGAGAAAACAUUUGAAUGUAAACAAUGUGGGAAAAGUUUUAAACGAUCAUCAACCCUAUCAACUCACCUCUUAAUUCAUUCGGAUACAAGACCUUAUCCAUGUCAAUAUUGUGGCAAACGAUUCCAUCAAAAGUCGGAUAUGAAAAAGCAUACAUACAUACACACAGGUGAAAAGCCUCAUAAAUGUUCAGUUUGUGGUAAAGCAUUUAGUCAAUCAUCCAAUCUAAUUACUCACAGUCGGAAACAUACUGGAUUCAAACCAUUCGCUUGUGAUGUUUGUGGACGCGCCUUUCAACGAAAGGUUGAUUUGAGGCGACACAAGGAGACUCAACAUUCCGAGGUUAAACCAUUGACAAACUCAGUGACUUCACCUUCAAACACACCAGGAACAACAUCAACAACUAGUCCAACAAGUCCUCAUAACCAUCAUCACCAUCCUCAUCAUCCACAUCAUCAUCAUCUCCCGCCUCCUCCACCGCCACCAACCCUUGCUUUGCCUCCUCCUCUUCCUCCUUCACAUAGUCAUCAUAUUACCAACAUGACGAUAACAGGAAUUCCUGAGAAUCAAUUAACACCAUCUUCAUCUUCAUCAUCAUCAUCAUCUCAACAAGCAACUCAGCCAUCUUCCUCAUCAUCAUCAACUCGUUCAAUACGUUUACCAACUGAUUAUCGUGUUCAUUCACCAACCACUACCAUCACAUCUCAUCACAAUAUUAUUUGAUUAAUUAACAUUAAUUAAUCUUCCUAUCAUCAAACUGAAAAGGACAUAAAAAUUGUUUUCUUUUUCUUGUCAAAUUUCUUCAAUAAUUUAACCAAAUAUCAUGAAAAAAUAACAAGGUUAUCUUUUAAUUGUCCCAUUAUCAAGUGCAAUCUUUUACCAAAUUGUAUCAAGUUGAACACAAACACACUCACAAAACUGAGUAAUAUCAUAUUAUUCAACUAUCUGUGGAUCAUGUAAUUAUGAUUAAUAAAUAAUAAAAACAAACCUAAAUC